AUGUCUGGAACGCCCGCACCUGUCGCUUCGGCUUGGAAGAUCAUUCCAACCUUUGAGUCUGAUGACAUAGCGAGGACUCUUGAGUUCUAUGUUGGCACCCUUGGCUUCACGCUUGCCAGCACCAAGCCGGAGGAUGGUGACCCAAGCCUCUUUACCUUUUGCUCCAUCUUUGCUGGUGAAAAGGCUGCGGCCAACAUCUACUUCUUCAAGCCCAGUGGACGGUCUGCCAAUCCUAGUUCAGCAUACAUCGCCUUGGGCACCACGCAGCUCGACCAGCUCCACGACUCUCUCAAAGCCCGGGAUGAUGUCGAGUUUGCAGAAGAGAUACAGGAUCAACCCUGGGGUUUUCGACAAUUCGCCAUCGAGGAUCCAGAUGGAAACACGCUGACGUUCUUCAAGUACUUGGAAGGGGGUAAUCCAGGAGAUGAAUGA